AUGCCUCCAGCAAAGAAACGCAAGACCAAAGCGACAGUGGAUGUAGCAGAAGAACCUGCCCAGGUCACGAUUGCAGAAGCGGAACCAGCGAGUGAGCAACCAGAGCCUGCGCAGAAACAAAUAGAGAAUGAGCUACCCGGGGCUUCAAGCUCAGAUGCCGCAACCAAGGCGAAAGAGCGAAUGGAAAGAUUCAAAGCGCUUCAAGCACGAGCAAAGACAGGUGCUCAAAAGAACUUGAAAGAGGCAACCCUGGAAUCGCAACGAUUAGCCACAGAUCCAAAUCUCCUCACAUCCUUGAAUCGCAAGUCUGCAGUCGCGUCGCAUAACCUUCUCAAGGCAGAUGUAGAAGCCGCAGGUGGAGACUUUGAGCGGAAGAGAGCCUGGGACUGGACCAUCGAGGAGAGCGAAAGAUGGGAUAAGCGGUUGAAGAAGAAAGAUGCCCACAGAGAUGACCAGGCUUUCCAGGAUUACAGACAGGAUAGUAGGAAGGUUUACAAGCGACAGAUACGAGAUCUGAAGCCUGAUAUGGACCACUACGAGAAAGAGAAGAUGGCUGCCGUCGAGAAAGCUGCUGCAAGCGGAGGCCUUGAGAUUGUGGAGAUAGAUGAUGGAGAACUGGUUGCUGUGGAUAAGGAUGGCACAUUCUACUCUACAGCAGACUCGACAGGAUUUGUUGAGCAUAAACCGCCGAAAGACGCUGUUGAUAGGUUGGUCAAGGAUUUGCAACAGGCAGAGGAAGCAAGACUGAAGAAGAGGAAGGAGAGAAUGGGACAGAACGGCGAGGAUGGAGAUGUUACGUACAUCAACGAGAAGAACAAGCAGUUCAACCAGAAGCUCUCAAGAUUUUACAAUAAGUACACAGCAGAGAUUCGGGACAGCUUUGAACGUGGUACCAUGAUAUAG